AUGGUGGGUGACCACAUGCGAAUCCUGGCUGUUCUAACAUUUGAGGCAGGCGGUCUUUCAACAUCAUUUAAGCAACUAAAGGCCAAUCUUCACCUAUCAGCAAUUGCCGCUUUCACGGGCGUGGCAACUCCAAUGGGCCUGUCGUUUGUACUGAUGCGGCUUGUGGACGCAACACCCCUUCAAGCAUUUGGCGCUGGAGCAGCGCUGUGUUCAACAAGCAUUGGGACUACCUUUACAAUUCUUUCCACAACCGGUCUGGACAAAUCGAGACUAGGAACUGUACUCAGCGGUGCUGCAAUGAUGGAUGAUGUGGCAGGCCUUGUCAUGGUUCAGAUCAUAUCGAACCUGGGCAGUUCCACUACUGAGUCAUUCAGCACAGUGACAGUCGUCCGUCCAAUUUGUGUGGCUAUUGGCUUUGCCGUUGGAAUUGUCCUUCUCUGUGGCUUCGCUCUUAAACCAGCUGUGCGAAGGUUAAGAGCAGCAAACAUGAGCCUUUUACGCAAAGGCAAAGAACCUCAGGUAGCAUUCGUUCUAUAUAUGGCUAUUUUGAUUGGCUUCGUGACUGGAGCUUCAUAUGCGGGUACUUCGGGUCUCUUUGCAGCAUAUCUUGCUGGUGCUUGUAUCUCCUGGUUUGGUGAUCUCAUCGUUUCUUUCAAUGAGAGCUCGCAAUCUUCUAUUGAGAUGAAUCCCCGAACCCCAGACAGGAAUGAUCGAGCUGUGUCGAAUACUCAAGAGAGCAGUGCAUCGAAUUCAGAUUCAUCUGCAAACCUUGUCAAUGAGAAGAAACCUCCAAUGGCUUCGGGCCAACAGACUUUUGAUAUGUAUUGCAAGCAACCACUUCAUUUUAUCCUAUGCCCUUUCUUCUUCGCCUCAAUUGGCUUUGCUAUUCCGAUAACGCAGAUGUUUCAGGGCCAGGUGGUCUGGCGAGGUAUUGUGUACACCAUACUUAUGGCACUUGCGAAAAUCGUCACCGGUAUCUGGCUUUUACCAAUCACCAUCAGCCCAGUAUCAGGCAUGAUGAAACUGAAACGGGCAGUAAAAAUUCCGAUUACCUGGUGCGCGUCACAUCGCAGACAAGAACACGAGAGACAAGUUCCUGGUCGAAGCAAGAAAGGAAAGAAAACUACCGACCCAUCCCGCGGCUCUACAAGCACGCAGACAUCUCAGCAACCCUCAGGGGCCGAAGUCCGCCCUUCAACCCUAUCCGAGAACAAUGCACCAGGAAAACAGACCCGCUCUUUGUAUCCAGCCUCCAUCGUCGGACUGGCGAUGAUCGCAAGAGGCGAGAUAGGAUAUCUGAUUGCUUCUGUGGCCGAAACAGGUGGAUUGUUCGCUCAACCCGAUAAAGACACCAACAACGGUAAUUCGGAAAUCUACUUGGUAGUUGUAUGGGCGAUUACACUGUGCACUAUCAUUGGUCCUAUCUGUGUUGGAACUCUCGUGAAGCGCGUGAAAAGUUUACAGGCCCAGAGAAGCCAGUCUGGCAGUCCAGAUCCCCUGGGUUUAUGGGGCGUGUCAUAG